UGAAAGCCACAAACUCAUAGCAUAGUUGUGUUAUAAAUGCUGAAAUUUUUCACCAAGACUGAGAACGUUUUUUUUUACGCAUGAUUGCAGCAUCAACGCAUUUAGCUCCAUCGCCAUGCCGUCUUUGCCUUUACCGUGAAGACAACAUUCUCCGUUCGACAUAUUUUCAGUUUUACUUAGGUAAUUUCCAUUAAUCUCUUAUGUUUUAGCCUAAAACAUUUUAUUGUAAUUUCAUCAAACUCCUUUGGCGAUUUCCGGACAUAUGUUCAGACUGACAUGUUCAGCAAUGAAAGCAUUGUCAUGCACACUCUCUCAGAGUUUCCAUGAGCUUGGUGGUCUAGAAACCACAAUGGUAAACAGGUAGUUUGUGUAGGCGCCGAGACAAGCAAUUUUUCCUCGCUGGGUUGCAACGUCGCUUGCGCCCUUUGUGGUUAGAUCAAGGCAAGCAACGUCAGAAAUAAAUGGCAGGAGUUUACGAACAUAAGCAUAAACACGGCUGAAUAUAAUGUCACUCCGGCCAUUCGAUCUGUAUGUAGCUCUUCGUUUUUUUGAAUGAGAGGCAAGGCCUAUUCAAUACAAUGUUGUUUUCCCCCACUUGAAUAUGAACUAUAGCCGAUUUAGUGUGUUCAAAUUAAACAUUGCAACUGUUGUUUUGUUAUAUAAGACAAAAAUAAGCAUUAUGAAGCACGUAACUGUCUGUAUUUGAAUGUAGGCUAUGUAAUGUUUCUCUUAAACUUUUUUUGUUCUACUUUUUUCUCUAUUCCCGUCUGGAAAUAAAACAGCCUGUAAUGCAAGUUUGUAAAUUGGAUUUGGCUUGGAAUCAUCAUUAGUUGCAUGCAGAGCCAUGAAUAAAGCUAAUUAUAUUAAGUUCAGAUAAUUAGGCAAUGUUAACAAUUAUAAUAACUAUAUUAUUAUUAUGUAACAAUACUAUAUAGGCAUACAGGCCUAUACUAACGUUUUUAGUGAUGCACAAACGUUUUUAGUGAUGCAUUGUUUAAAAACGAGGAUCAUUGAUAAGAUAAAAUAUAAUGAUGAUGAAAUAGCCUAAUAUUAAUAUUGAAUUAAGACCAUAUCAAAUAAAAUUCACAAAAGGUAGUUCCCGGCCUGUACUACUUUACAGAAAACUAGGCCUAUAAUAUGUUCUUAGAGUGAGAAAAAAAGGUAGGUCGGUGCAAUCUUCUCAAUCUUCUCGCAUUCAUUCGAAAAACAUGUUUUGUUGUUGUCUUUGCUGGAAUCUGAACUAUCUUUUCUUGCUCACAGUUUGAGUUAUAACGCAGGACUUUUCAUGUGUUCAUUUCCGGUGAGAUGUUGUCACGGCGGUCUCGCUUUUUGAGAUGUAGGCUAGGACUAGGGGCAAGACAUCUUCAUCUCGUAAAGGUUGCUCAACGGACUCAAAGUGAUGAUGCCCUUCAAAUUUAGUGAACCUAAAAUGCCAGGACCCCUGCUACUUCUGCUGUGCUGGAGCUAUGUCUUGAAAGGCAAGUAUGACACUAUAUUCUGCACACGUUGACAAUGUGUCGAUAAUUAAUGUAGAAAAGGUACAUUCAGCUAGGCUAACUCAUGAUGACAGUGAGGACUUUAGACUGUUUCAUCAUUACUCUGAAUAGGCCUACAUUCAUUUAUUUCAAGAAAUAUCCACAGUAUUCUAGUCGGCCUAGGUUAUAACUUUUUCAUGAACUUACUUACCUGUAUGUGAGAUGAAACAGUGAUCUGAAAUACAGUAUGUCAUUAAAUCUAUAACCUGUUUAUAAUGUAGUUUUGUUCAUGUUAUAAUCAAGCAAUUUCAACAUAAUUAACAUAUUAGGUUAGACAAAGCAGGCCUAUAAUAUUCAAUUUCGAAAUAUUUUUACAAGUGGACAGUGAUUUAAGCUUUUUUUUCUGUUCAGCAUCCAUGCUUGGUAUAUUCAUGUAAAAAAAAGUUAACAAAGUUAUGAAAACGCACCAAACAUGCUAAACAGUAAUUAGAUGAAAUAUGUUAUAUUCUUGUUAUUCCUAAUUCUGUUUUUAGCUACACACACAUCAAUUAUAACCCAGACACCUGGAGUGGUGAUGGUGAACGCUGGUGAUACAGUGACCUUGAAAUGCCAUUUGAGUGAGAUUAUCACCUACUGCUUCUCUGUGAGUUGGAUAAAAGUGGACCCCAGGACUGGAACACACAGCAGUACACACAUAAAGGUUGAUAACAUUUCAAAGGACCAGGAACAGGACAACCUAUGUUCUGUUACAUUCACCAAUGCAAAAGUGAACGACUCUGGCAUGUACUACUGUUUGGCUGUUCACUCCAAAAUGGUGUACACUGGCAAUGGUUCUAAGGUUAUUAUUUUGACAGAGAGAGAAAGGGUAGGGAACAGCACUAAAGCCCCAACCAUCCAAAUCGUCUCUUCGCCAGAGGGUGACAGCUCCUUCAUCCCUCUGCUGUGUUUGGUGUUGGAAGUGGUCCCGUCUCAGGUCCGUGUGUUCUGGCUCAUAGACGGGAGAGAAGAGAGUGGACUCACUGACUCCACCUGGACAGACAACAGUGAUUCAGCCACAGAGUUCACUAGGAACCAGAUUAUUUUCCAGGCAGAGGAGUGGAACAGACGAGCAGAGAUUACAUGUGUGGUGGAGUUUGAGGGGAAAAAUAUCACCAAAACACUGCUGCAGCACAAUGAUUCCAAUGCCAUGUGCACAAUGCUGAUGUAUGGGGCCUCUGCAGCUGCUCUCCUCACCAUAAUAGUUGCUGUCACUACUGCUGUGUGUCUGCACCGUGGGCAUCCUGUGGUUAUCGAUGAAGAUACAAGACAAAGAGGCACAGACACUGAGAACAGACAGGAUCAAUCUGGGAGACGCGGAGAAGCAAGAAGGGCAGUUAGAUCAUCGUUCUCUGAGGUCCAGUAUGCGACUUUGGACCAUAUCAAUUUUGGGAGACGCACAAAUACAGUUCUCCAAUCAGAUUUUGACAAAGAAAUUGCAUAAAAGUUCCAUGUAUUUUUUCAUGAUGUAGAUGCUUAUGAACUGCCACUGAAAACAUGUUCAGAUUAUUAUGUAUGUAUUUGUGUAUAAAGCAAGAGCCAGUGUCCGCAAUCGCAAAGUGCCCAGAGCCAACGAUGCGGCACAGAGCUCUUUCUUUUCUAUUGGAAUUCAACUGUGGAAUAGACUCCCAGUAGUCAUUAAGCUGUCCCAGUCCCGAAAGGUUUUCAGAGGUCAGGUUAGAUCCCUUCCGUCAGAAACAGUGUUCAGGUCGAAAUAGGAAAAGUACUGAAAUAGUCUUGAAUUUUGUAUUGAUUGUGUAUUUAUUAUGGUGUAGGCUAGUUAGCUACUUAUCAUAGGCCCAUGUCACAGGAGGUUGGUGGCACCUUAAUUGGGGAGGAUGGGCUCGUGGUAUUGGCUGGAGUGGAAUA